AUGGAUGGUAUCCCUGGCGCUAGGUCUUGGCUCACCUCUCUCAUCUUGCGUGGAUCAUCCGCCUUAAAAAAUGCCCGCUUUGAUGAAGCUGCUAAACUCUUCAAGAGUGCUCGUGAUGCCAGAUUUCAACUCUAUGGUGAUGACAUUUCUUUGGAAGACAUGCUUUUGCACCAUGUUCAUGGUGUUUCCUUGUUGUCUGAAAUUCCAUUUCAGGGAGGUGAUGAUCCAUUGGCUUUUGUACCGAAGGAAGCCGAUUACUAUCUUGCUGAAGAUAUAUCUUAUAGUUCUUAUAGCAAGUUAUAUAGCGAAGGUACCAUUACCCAAGAGGACUACGCAAAUCAGAUGGAAGCAGCACAGAAAGAACUAAAAAUUGCAUGGUCAAUUCUGGACAAGGAAUCAGACUGCUUAAUAGAGAAAGGAAACACUCUGUCUGCCCUUGGGGAGGUUGCACUGAGAAGAGAGGAAGCAAAUCCUGAGCGUUACUACAUCCAAGCAUCAUCCUUUUUUGAGAGUUUGGAUGACGAUUUUCAUAAACAGCGAAUAGCAGAUAUGGACAAGAUUAAAGCCAUUGAAUAUGGAGAGAAGGCUCUGUCAUCCUAUCAGACUCGACUGAAGCAGCUAAUUUCUGAAACACAGAGCUCAUCCAAACCUGCAGAGACACAGACUGCUUCUGAUCUGGAUUCAUCUUCACCAACAGAAACUGAUCCUUCUAUUCCGCAAAAGAAAAGUGAACGGAGCAGGCUGAUUGAAAAAAUCAGUAAGCUGCAAUUCAAGCUUGAUGAUCUGAAGGCAGGCUCAUCCACCUCCCUAAACCUGGAAAGAACUUCAUUGGCUCCUGCUGGUCAAAGAGAUGGAAAAGAGAAACUUUCCCAAUUAAUACAAUUAAAGCGGCAGCAAUUACCAGUGUUCAAGAAGAUGGAGAUAUCUGUGGAGAUUUAUGACAAGCAUCACAAACGAGUUCGAUAUCUUGAGCUAAACUUGUGGGAAGACUUAGAGUUGGAUUUGAGUGUGGAUCCUUAUAUGUAUUUUUUUGAUCCAAGUGAUCUUUUUGCUGAAGAAAGUGUCUUCUCUCGAAUACUUGUUCUUGAGACUCUGCAAAGUACAAACUGCUUCUUUCUCCAGAUUUUGACAAUUUCAAAGACGCUUCUAGUCCUUUCUUUGAGGGAUGCAUAUUACUUAGAGAUUUCUUGGACUAACUGCAUUGGAGUUGUUUUCCAGGUUGACAUGUGUUUAAAAGUAUUGCCCACAUUUGUUAAUCUUAAGGUGUUGACUCUACUAGUUCAUGCCAAAGAAGAAAGCUUUGUCGGAUAUAGCCAUCAACAUCUGAAGGAGGUUGAAAUAACUGGAUUCCGAGGCUACCCAAAUGACAUGGAGCUAGAAGGAUAUUCCUCAAGAAUGAUCCUGCACUAA